AUGACAGACCCCAAUGAUAUUGAAUUAAACCACAAAUCUUCUCUUUCGUAUUUACAAGUGAAUCCCAAUGGUGCUUCCUCCUCAACCACUUCUUUAACGGGUGAUGUGAGUCCUGGAACUGUUUCUGAUUCGAAUACUUCGACUACUUCUCAAGUGCACUUGUUGAGUGGUCAGCAACACCAACAACAAACUUCUCAACAAUUUCAACAUCCAUUACCUUCAUCCUCUCAACCCAAUGGUGGUAGUGGUUCAUUUCUUGGUGCCCAUUCCUCGUUCCUUCAAAAUAAUAAUACUGUUUCGAAUCGAACCAAUUCAUCGACUCAAAACAAGGUCACCACGAUUCGUGAUAAUUCUGAUGUAUUAUCCAGUGAUGAUGCUUCUGAUGAUGUUCAAUCACCUGGUGGUGGUAUGAAUCAUCAUCACGCUCAUGAUCAUCAUCACUCAGUCACGGUCAAUGUGAAAGAUAUCGAAACAAAAAGUAACAAGAGUGCUGCUACUUCAUCAAAAACCAAACGUUCUGGUUCGAGUGGAAGAUCUGGUUCUGCAACUGGUUCAGAUGCGAUUCGAAUUCACACACGAUGUGGAACUUUUGAAUUGAGUUGGUUGAAAGUAUUGAGUUUAAUGUCACUCAUUGUCAAUUUGGUGGCAUUCCUCGUGUUGGGUGGUUUAAUUUUGGCUGGAUAUCUCACACAAUCAGAUUAUAGUGCCAAUUGGUUUGGUCUCGAUACCGAUACUUCCUAUUAUAGAGAAAUGAUGAUUGCCAGUUGUAGAGCUGCAGUGUUUUCCAACUUUAAUCCUGUCACUACUGCUAAUUAUACAGCAAGAUAUUAUGAUUGGCAGAAAAAGUUUACGGCCAAUGCUCAAAGUGUUCAAAAAAGAGUUCCUCCAAGUCUUCAAUACACAGUCUCCCAUAACAUUUCUGUUUUGGAAUUGAGAACUUCCAAAGCUGUAGGUACUGAAUUUGCUGCAUUGGGACAAGCUGCUGCUGGCAAUUUUUCAACAGCCAUGAGUAUGAUUGACUCGGCUGCCUAUAAAGGAUUUUUAGAAGGUUAUGCCGUUGAGUUUCAACCCAUGGUGAAUUAUGUGAAAUCAAAGAGAGAUGAAGGAUCUAAUUACUCAUUGCUUGUGACUACGAUUUCAUUGAUUGUCAUUUGUGUGUCACUACUAGUGGUCAUACCAACAGUGGUGGCCUCUAUUGGUUUGAGUUUGAGAAAGGACUCGGUGAAUACCAAGAAAUUACAAAAGGUCAAGGCACACUUGUUGAUGGAUACCAUGAAGGAUAACAAACUCAGAGAAUUAUUCAAGGCACACUGCAAGCAAGAAAUGAGUUUGGAGAACUUUUUACUUUUGGAUAAGAUUACUGAUUACAAAAAGUUGUGUGAAAGAAGUUUUGAGAUUCAAGUCUAUCUCUAUGACAAUGAUCAAACAACGUCAGAUGCUACAUCAGAAGGAGGGCUAAGCGUCGAACAACCUAAAAAGAAGAAGAAGGGUUUCACAGAAAAGGAUCUCAUUAACAUUGAAAAGAAGAAGUAUGAAAUUGCUUUUGAGAUUUAUAGUGACUUUUUAGAAGUGAACGGUGAACACUCAGUCAACCUCAAUAAGCAAAUGAUCGAUCGUGUGAAGGAACAUUUAGAUUUCUUUGCCACUGGUCAAAAUGAACAUUUGGCUGAUGGUAUUUUUGAUGGCGUCGAAAACGAAAUUUGUAUUCUCAUGCUAGAUACUCAUGCUAGAUUUGUUCAAUCUGUUCAAUUCCAAAAACAAUUGAGAAAGGAAGCACUGACUACUUUCAAGAUCACUACUUUGAAAAAGAACAAGAAUGCAGCUACCAGUCAAUCUAAAUAG